AGCCGUAGCGACGUUCGUCGGAGUUCAGACGAGCGGAGGGAGCAAAAUGGCGGACGAAGAUAUUACGCUUGAUGGAAAACCUCUACAGUCGCUCCGAGUUGCUGAUUUGAAAGCCGCUCUGGAGCAAAGGAACCUACCGAAAAGCGGGCAGAAGAACACUCUCAUAAAGAGGCUUAGAGGGGCUCUAAUGCUGGAAAACCUCCAGAGGUCAUCGUCUUCUCACAGUGGGCUCCAGCCUAACUCUCAGAUAGGAGAAGAGAUGUGUCAGAACAGUUUCAUUAAACAGUACCUGGCCCAGCAGCAAGAGCUCCUGCGUCAGAGGCUUGCGAGAGAGGCCAAAAAGGAAGAGGAGGCCGAUGAAAGCGCAACUGGACCAGAAGAGGAUGAAGACCACUCAGAAGACAAUGACAGCCCUUCCUUUGUCAGUAAGCAUCCAGGGACCCUGAAUCAGGCCUCGGCUCCUGAGGCCGGAGGAGAAAAUCUGGUGAUUGGUCACCGACCUGCUGCUGUGUCCCACCACCGAGAGUCCAUCGAAGCGCCGAGAGCCAGGAUGCAGCGGUCCUCCUUCCAGCAGGGACACAAGGAGCCAGCGGCCGCAUCUCCUCCUCGAGCCGUUGCCUCCUUCUCUGUGCGUGUCCUGGGACAACCGGACAGCCAGGGACACCCGGCCACGGCGCCCCCCGGCCAGGAGAAGGACGCCGCCUCCCUAAGCUCUCCCCGAACGGCCCAGCCUGCGCUCAAUCUCAGCCGAUCCUCCCGCAGUUCGGCUGACAACCACGUCCAGAACGACAGCGACGAAGAUGACGACGACGACAGCGACGAGGACGAGGACUGGGGGCCCAGUUCCGGAGGGGCGCGAAAGAGAAAGGCAGCGGUUCCCUCAAAGCAGCAGGUGGCUCCCAGUAUGUCGUCAUCUGCUGCAGGGAGAUCCAAACGCAAACUCCAGCCUCCUCAGCACAUCCCACCUCCGCAGGUCCACGACACUCCCAUGCAGCUGCGCCACCCCACACCUCCUCCAUCUCCGCCCCCGAACCUGUUCCCCCUGCCCGACACUCCAAAGCAAAGCCCCCCCGACGAUCAGGAGCGAGAUGGUGAACGUGGCGCAGGAAUGGCGUCCUUCCCACCUCCCACCACGCAGAGGCAGGACUCCGACUCCAGCUCUGGCUCCAGCAGCCCCGAACCUCCGGUGAAGCGUCGCACCGGCCCGCUGUCGCUGCUCAUGCACAGGAUGGAGUCAGAGGAAGCAACCUCAUCCCCCGGGUUCUCCGGAGAAACGGCACACUCGACUGCCACGUGUUCCAGCGAAUCCCCCCUUCAAUCAGCGGAAACCAAAACGCAACAGGAAGCCAGAGAGAUGGAGGACGAGAAACAGCUGAAGGAGGAGAAGGAGAGUCUUAAAGCACAGGAGCGAGAACGGGAGAAGAAACGCUUGGAGGAGGAGAGGGAGAAGGAGAGAAAUCGGCUGGAAGAGGAGAGGAAGCAGCGGCUGAAAGAGGAACAGGAAAAGGAGAAAAGACACAAGGAAGAGGAAAACGAAAAGAAACGCAGGGAGGAGGAGAAGAGACGAGAGACGAGGCUGAAAGAGGAGGAAGAAGAGAAAAAAGUGAAGAACGACCGGAGAGCAGCAGCUGAAGAAAAAGAUUCAGGUUCCUCCUCUGAUUCCGACUCCAAAUCAGAGUCCUCCUCACGCUCAUCAUCUUCAUCAUCAUCAUCCUCGUCUUCCUCCUCCAGGGAUAAAAUUCAACCUGCCAGUCAGCUGAAGAAAGCAGACCAAGACCAAGAGCCUGAGGUUCAUAAAAAGACUGAGUUCAGAAAAGACUCAGAGAAACCUAACCUUUCAAAAAGGGAGGUAUCUGAACCGAGCACGGCCGCUGUUACGGAAGCAGAACCGGACUCUGAGAGCUCCAUGGCCCAGCAGCCAGCUUCUGGGGCUGAGCCAGAGAGCAGCGACAGCCGCAUGGAGGAGAGCACCACUCCUAAGGCUUUUGCUGCUCGCAAGAUCUCCCUGUCCACCAGCAAGGUGUCUCCGGCCGGCACAGACGGAGGAACGGGAGAGCCCGAAACAGGAAGUGCAGCAGGGAGGAAGAGGCGGUGGGGCUCCAGCACAGCAGUCACGGUUAAGAAGCCAUCGAUCAGCAUUACCACAGACUCCCUGAAGUCUUUGAUUCCAGACAUCAAGGUGAACCAGGACGCAGUGGUGGACCUUCACCCCGAGGAGCUGCAGAUGUCCGGAGACGAGGAGAACUCCGACGCCGGUCGGAGCGACCCAGACAAAGGUCUCAAGAUCCGACGCACUGUCACGCAGGUUGUUCCCAGUGAAAGCCAGGAAAAUGGCCAGACUAACGUCGAAGAAGAAAUGGAGAAAUCAGAGGAUGAAAAACAACACAAGACGUCUAGAGACGCAAAGAAGAGCAGUGUCUCUGAUGAAGCGUCCGAACCACAGAUGUCUGUCAAACUAGAAGGAGAGCCAAAGAAAGUGACUCCCAGCGACAGCCUGGUGCGGCGCUCCAUCAGUCAGCAGAAGUCUGGCGUUUCCGUCACCAUCGACGACCCCGUGCGCGCAGCCAGGCAGCCGUCGCCGCCUCGCGGGAAAGUUUCUAACAUCAUCCAUGUUAUAAAUCUGGUCCGACCGUUCACUCUGCUCCAACUCAAAGAGCUGCUGAACCGAACAGGGAGCGUGGUGGAGGACGGCUUCUGGAUCGACAAGAUCAAGUCUCACUGCUACGUCACGUACGCGACGGCGGAGGAAGCGGUCGCCACCAGGACGGCUCUUCAUGGAGUCAAAUGGCCGCCUAGCAACCCCAAGGUGCUGGGUGUGGACUUCUGUGAGCAAGAUGAGUUGGAUUACCACAAAGGCAUCCGGAAGCCAGAGAAAGACCAGCAGGAUCACGCCGCCCCGGCUGCCCCUCCUCAGCCCCGACUGCCCCCUCUGAUGCCUGUGCGAGACAGGGACAAAGACCAGGACCGGGACCGCGAGCGGGACAGGGAGCGGGACAGGGACAGAGGUGUGCGCGACCUGCUGGCAGAGCGACAGAGGGAGAUGGAGCGGCGGGAGCGGGCGCGAGGAGAGCGGGAGUGGGACCGGGACAAGGUGCGGGAAUUUGCGAGACCCGGAGAGGAGGGACGGCGAUCGCGGUCCAGAGAGCGGGAGCGCCGGAGGAGGGAGCGAGCCAAGAGCAAAGAAAAGAAGAGCGACAAGAAGGAGAAAGGAGAUGAGCCUCCUGCUAAACUGCUGGAUGACUUGUUCCUCAAGACCAAAGCAGCUCCCUGCAUAUACUGGCUCCCCCUCACUGAGGAGCAGGCGAACCAGAGGCUUUUGGACCGCGUGGAACGGCAGAAGGAGCGCGAGCGAAAGCGCAAGGAGCUGGAGGAGGAGGACAAAAAGCGUGACGAGGAGAAAAGAGAGAGGCUCAAGGGCCGGGAGAAGGAAGGCGGCGGCGGUGGAGGUGCCGGCGGUGGAGGUGCCGGCGGUGGAGGCGCCGGCGGAGGUGCCGCAGCGAGCAGCGGGGUGCCUGGGAGAGGAGGCGAUGCCGACAGAGAGCGAGGCCGAGACAGAGAGGGGGACAAGAGGAGAGACAGCAACCACCGAUCCAGACGACCCUCCCCGGGGCCCGCCAGCGCCCGGCGCUCCCGCAGCCGCAGCAACCCCCGGGACAGGCGCCGCUGAGGCGCUGGACGCUGCGGGGAAUGAUGAAGAGAAGGGAGGGGGAGGCAGAGGACGCAGCAGAGACGGAAGUCUUGUGGUCCUCAGCCUCCGCCUCGCCACACUUCAGAAGGCUCAACAUGACACCGGUGUCUUCCACGCUCCUGUCGUUGCCCCCUCCUCUUUGUCGUUCGAUUGCAGAAAACCAUUUCUGAUUUAUAGGAAAGUGUCCGUUUCUCUUCGUCCCUCGAAGCGGUCUUCCUUCCACCAGUUCUUUUGUUUCCGUUUUUGUCGAUCCUCCGUCACUGAAGAGAUGUAUAGCGGAGGGCGGUUGUUUUCAUGCUUCCCGCUUCGUUUUGUCCCACUGAGGUUUUGGGGACCGCCUGACUAUUUUAGCUCUGUGGUCGUGCAGUUCCUUCCUCCUCAGAGCCCUGUAAUAAACCCAGUCCAGAAUAGAUCCCUGACCGUGACCCGACAUGAUUUCUAGCAGUCGUUUUACUGAUCAGCACUAAAAGUCAAAUAUAACUAUACAUGUAAAUACCACAAAAUUUACAAAUGGCCCCUAGUCAAAGUGAAAGUUGUUUUAUUUUUGAACGGUAAUUAUUUUCCCAGAUGGUUGUCAAGUCGGAGCAGGUGAGUCAGAGAAGACCUGGUCUCCACACCGAAACAAGCGAGACAGGAAAACGUGUCACACCGAGCCGACGCGAAGGAAACGGAUCUGUAAAGCCGACCCGCCUCACCCCUCAUACUUAGGAACGCAAGAAUACAAAAGUUUAUCUUCUGAUAGAGUAACAUUUGCAGUUUUAAUAUUUUACUUUUUUUUUUUAGUUUGUUUUUUGUUUCCUUCUCCAAGUGCUGAAUGUACCAAGAAUUUAAGAAAUGAAUAAAUUGGUUUACCACACCGUC